UAAAAAAUGAGUUGUACAUGUUUUGAUUUCAGUUUUGCCAUAGGCGUCGCGAAUACUGGAGCUACAGCAAUAGCGGAAAUUCAAUUUGCUGACUAUAUAUUUCCCAGCUUUGAUCAAAUUAUCAAUGAAGCCGCUAAAUAUAGAUACAGAAGCGGCGGGCUGUUUGACUGCGGAUCUCUAACAUUUCGAGUACCGUGUGGUGCUGUUGGACAUGGGGCGUUGUAUCAUUCUCAAAGCCCAGAAGGAUAUUUUGCCCACACUCCUGGUCUUCGUGUAGUUAUUCCACGGGGACCGAUAAAGGCAUUUGCAUGUAUAAAAGAUCAUAAUCCGUGCAUUGUGUUUGAACCAAAAACAUUAUACCGUGCCGCCGUGGAAGAAGUACCAACUAACUUUUAUACUUCAGAGCUAGGAAAAGCUGACAUUUUGCGGAAAGGAAACGAUUUGACUUUAAUCGGAUGGGGUACCCAAGUACACGUUUUAUUGGAAGUUGCAGAUUUAUCAAAGAAGCAUCUUGGAAUUGAGUGUGAGGUUAUUGACUUGGUAUCAAUAUUACCAUGGGAUAGAAAUACAAUAUGCAACUCUGUUAGGAAAACAGGUCGAGUGAUUGUUGCGCAUGAGGCUCCAUAUACUCAAGGCUUUGGCACAGAACUAGCGGCUUGCAUUCAGGAAACAUGCUUUCUACAACUUGAAGCACCUGUUAAAAGAGUCACUGGGUGGGAUACACCAUUUCCCCACGUGUUUGAACCGUUUUAUUUGCCCGAUAAGCAUCGUUGCUUAGCAGCCGUGAGAGAAAUUUUUAACUACUAAUAAACAAUAUAAAAACUUAAAGGAAACGGAUGCAUUUAUUGACAUUUAUUAUAAUGUAGUAUAUAGUAUAUGUAUGUAUACUGAUUUUCGCAUUUGCAUUUACAUUGUUGUAAAGAUAAAUUGUAAAUAAUCAACUCAAAGCUACUUAAAAACAAAUA